CCUCCGCCCGCGCCGGGUCUCGCGCACGGACAUGGCGGCGGCCGCGGCCGGCGGGGAGCGGGCCCGGCCGGACCCGGCGGAACAGCGGGCCGAGCUGGGGCCGCUCCUGGCCACGGCCCUCCGGCCCGGCGAGUCCUGGUACCUGGUGGAGAGCCGGUGGUUCAAGCAGUGGAAGAAGUAUGUGGGCUUCGACAGCUGGGACAUGUUCGGCGCCGGCGAUCCCAACCUCUUCCCGGGCCCCGUCGACAACGCGGGCCUGUUCCCGGGGCCCAUCGACAACUCGGGCCUGUUCGGCGAUCCACAAACUCAGAGUUUGAAAGAACACCUCAUUGAUGAGCUGGAUUACGUGCUGGUGCCCACCGAAGCCUGGAACAAACUAGUAGCGUGGUACGGCUGUAUAGACGGACAGCAGCCUAUUGUGAGGAAAGUGGUGGAGUAUGGGCUGUUUGUGAAGCACUAUAAAGUUGAGGUUUAUCUCCUGGAGCUGAAGCUGUGCGAGAGCAGCGAUCCUGACAAUGUCAUCAGCUGCCACUUCAGCAAGGCAGAUACUGUUGCUACCAUCGAGAAAGAAAUGAGAAAACUAUUCAAUAUCCCGGCUGAGAAGGAGACCAGGCUAUGGAACAGAUAUAUGAGUAACACUUAUGAGCAGCUCAGCAAGCUGGAUAGCACAGUGCAAGAUGCAGGGCUCUAUCAGGGUCAGGUUGUUUUAAUAGAAGUGAAAAAUGAAGAUGGCACGUGGCCUGGACAGCAUUGCCUGGCAAAAUCAAGCACUGCAACUAGCAGAAACUUUACUACCUCUUCAAAAUCAUCAGCAAGUUCUUAUUCCUCAGUGUCUGCCACUUCUGUCAUUACUAACGGUGAUAGCAGUAACUCCUAUGGACUGAACAGCUCCCACCUGGGCAGGGGAGGUUCUGGGUUUGUCUGUAACUCUUACAACUGCAGGGACAGUGCUUCCCUCUCACAACCUGGACUUUGUGGACUCAGUAACCUUGGAAACACCUGCUUCAUGAAUUCUGCAUUACAGUGCCUGAGCAAUACUCCUCCUCUGACUGACUACUUCCUGGAAGAUAAAUACGAAGCUGAAAUAAAUCAGAACAACCCUCUGGGGAUGAGGGGAGAAAUCGCAGAAGCCUAUGCAGAUCUCAUUAAACAGAUGUGGUCUGGGAGACAGUCUCACGUGGCCCCACGUAUGUUCAAAACACAGGUUGGGCGAUUUGCUCCUCAGUUCUCAGGAUACCAGCAGCAGGAUUCCCAGGAGCUCUUGGCUUUUCUGCUGGAUGGCUUGCAUGAGGAUUUGAACCGAGUGAAGAAGAAGCCCUACUUGGAGCUGAAGGAUGCCAAUGGCAGACCUGAUUCGGAGGUGGCAAAAGAGGCAUGGGAGAAUCACAGGCUGAGGAAUGAUUCCAUCAUUGUGGAUAUUUUUCAUGGUCUUUUCAAGUCUACCCUUGUUUGUCCCAAAUGCUCUAAAGUUUCUGUAACCUUUGAUCCCUUCUGUUACUUAACUCUCCCACUGCCCUUGAGGAGGGACCGGCUCAUGGAAGUUACCCUGGUGUAUGCAGACCCACAGCGCAGACCUGUCCAGUACCGAGUUGUGGUGCCAAUGAUGGGGGCCAUCUCGGAUCUGUGUGAAUCACUUUCCAAACUCUCUGGUGUUCCUGCAGAAAAUAUGGUGGUGACAGACGUGUAUAAUCACAGAUUCCACAAAAUCUUCCAAAUGGAUGAAGGUUUAAAUCAUAUCAUGCCAAAAGACGACAUCUUUGUGUAUGAAGUUUGCAAGCCAAGUGAGGAUGGCUCAGAGUAUGUUACUCUCUCCAUUUACUUUCGGGAAAAGACAGUGAGGCAAUCCAGCAAUACUUCAGGGACUGUGCUCUUUGGGCAGCCACUGUUAAUAUCUGUGCCCAAACACAAGCUCACUGUGGAUCACCUGUACAGUGUGGUUUUGGAACAGAUCAGCCGCUGUGUGAAACUCCCUCUGGCAGAAGAAUACUCCCCACCCUGCCCAGACAGAGGAACCUGCAAUGGCUCCAAUGGUGUGGUUGAAGGUGACAUUGAAGAGAUGGAGCAUCAGGAUGGUGGAGAGGAAGGCAAGGAAAAGCUGACAGAAGUUGACCCCUGCCACUCUGAGGGUUGUAUGCAAGUGGAGUCAGCAAGAGACCUGCAGCCUUGCAAGAAACAGCAUUUCACUUUAAGCCUUGUGAAUUCCUCUGGGACCUCGGAGAUAAACUCCAUUGUUGAAGGAAAAAUCUUAAAACUGAAUGCUUUUUCUGCAGUUGCUAUUGACUGGGAUUCUGAGACACGGAGGCUGCUGUAUGAUGAACAGGAGGCACAGGCAUUUGAAAAACAUGGAAGCAUGCUACAACUACAGAAGAAGAAGGCUGUUGUAGCCCUCAGAGACUGCAUAGAGCUCUUCACUACUAUGGAAACACUUGGUGAACAUGACCCGUGGUACUGCCCUAACUGUAAGAAACAUCAGCAGGCCACAAAGAAGUUUGACUUGUGGUCUUUGCCCAGGAUUUUGGUGGUACAUUUAAAACGCUUCUCGUACAGCAGAUACUGGAGGGAUAAACUUGACACGGUUGUGGAAUUCCCCAUCAGGGGUUUGAACAUGUCCGAGUUUGUCUGCGACCCAAGGGCAGGCUCAUACGUGUAUGACCUCAUUGCAGUAUCCAAUCACUAUGGAGCCAUGGGAGUGGGCCACUACACUGCCUAUGCCAAGAACAAGGUGAAUGGCAAGUGGUACUACUUCGAUGACAGCAGCGUCUCUGUGGCUUCAGAAGACCAAAUAGUGACAAAAGCUGCGUAUGUGCUGUUCUAUGAGCGCCGAAACAGCGAGGAACAUUCUGCCCCCUCUGCUCCCCAAGAAGAGUGUGAUGGCAUGGACACCAACUAAGCACCACCUCCAGCACUCAGCCACCAUGGUAGUGGUUGCUCUUGUAAAGCAAUGCCUGAGGCGCCUGAAAAUUUUUCUUCUUUCUGUAGGGGUCAAGCAGAAAAUCAAACACUGAGAGAUUCAGUGCUGGGGGUUGCAGAAUAGCACUGAAGAGCCAGGAAUAGGUGCUGACACUUGGGUAUUUAGAGGCCAAAAAUAAUAUAUAUUGGAGCUUCAAUAAAGUUCUUUUUAAAAUCUG